CUGAACCCAAGUGCCCAACUGCUAGGCCUAUGGAGAGCAUCAUGUUUUUCACCCUGCUGGGUCUGUGUGUGGGGCUGGCAGCUGGCACCCAGGAGGCAGGGCUGAAGAGCUUUGACUUAAACAAGUUUUUAGGCUUCUGGUAUGAAAUUGCCUUUGCCUCCAAGAUUACUGCCUAUGACUCGGCACCCAAGGAGGUGAAGAUGGGCGCCAUGGUUGUCAACAUGGAAGAGAACCUUCUAGCUCUGACCACCACCUACUACAAUGAGGACCACUGUGUGCUGGAGAAGGUUGGGGCUGCUCAGGCAGACCAUCCAGGGAAGUUCAAGGUCACCAGAAUAUCAGGAAACAAAGAAGUUGUCGUUGUGGACACUGACUACAAGACCUACGCCAUCAUGGACAUUACUUUUCCGGUGGCUGGCGAAGUCCAGCGGGCCAUGAACCUGUACAGCAGGAGCUUAGACCACACCGAUGAAGCCCUGAGCAAGUUCCAGAAGAAAGCCUUGGAGCAUGGGUUUUCGGCAAGAGACAUAAACGUUCUCAAGCGUGACUGUGAGUAG